AUGGACAGAUCAGCUGAUCGAAGACUGUGCGGACAAUGUCACACCUCCAUUGGAGACGAGGCUGUUGUGGCUAUGAAUCGCUUAUGGCAUCCGGAUCAUUUUACGUGUACAGCAUGCAAACGUCCCAUUAAACAAACUUACCAGGCUGCGGACAGUCAUGCUUACUGCGUUCAUUGCUUUGCUCAGAAAUACAACCCAAAAUGUGCAGGGUGCAUGGAAACUCUCGUCGACACAUGUCUUCUCGCCCUCGACCGUCACUGGCAUCCUCGCUGCUUCGCCUGCUCUUCGUGUAAUCGACCGCUACCUAACGGAGAGUACUAUCUCGUCGACGACAAACCGUAUGACCUAGAUUGCCACUGGGCUAAACGUCUAGAAAAGCGAGAACAAAUGGAGCGAGGGGAACGAUGA